UUCGAGUCAUGGACUAAUUACUAAUGGCUUCAAGAUUCGCCAAGAGAUUCACCUCUACAAUUUUCAGACCUCAUCUUUCUCUUCCUUCGUCUGUGUCUCAUAUCUCUACCGGGAGCAAUGUUUCGGGGAAGACGAGAUUUUCUCCUUUCCUCCCUCGAUUCAUCGAUUCCACUAAAUCAUAUAACACCCAAAUAAGCCAUCAUCCUCUACCUCGAAACCCUAGCUGCAAAUUCCCAUUUCACCUGAGUCCCGUGUACUCUGAUCGGUUUCUGCUUACGAUUCAUCAACAGGUCAGAUCCGUAACUUCUUUUGACCAGCCAAGUGGCAGGAGAGAAUCUCAAGGAUCUAACGAGCACCCUGGCCAAAACCCUGAGUUGAAGCACCAGGAGAUCACUGGCCCCACUGUUGAGCGAGACGUCUCCGCGCUGGCCAACGAGACCAGAGAGGUUCUGGAGAAGAUGAUGAAGAAUGUGUACGGUUUGAGUAAGGCGUUGGCUUGUCUCGCCCUUGUUCAGAUGGGUUUGGGUGCCUGGUUUGUCUAUGCUACCAGGGGCUCUCCUAUGCCUGAGAUAUCAUUGCAGAGCUUCUUGGCCAUUGGGCUUCCGGUUUCGUUGGCUUUCAUGCUGAGAAGGUCACUCAAACCAAUGCGCUUCUUUAGGAAAAUGGAGGAACAAGGCAGGCUGCAGAUUCUAACUCUCACUCUUCAGGUAGCCAAAGAAUUGAACUUGCUCUUUUGUCGUGUUCAAGGCGUUUCUUAUUCUUGCAUUGCUGUUGCGGCCGUUGGAUUGGUUUAUGUUGCUUUGUCUAGAUGAGUUUUGGCUGAUCUUUGUGAAUUAAAUAUUUGCUCUCUGCCAUCAAUUUUAGUGUUCUGCUAAUAAUGGCUGAGUAUGGUUCACCAAAAGUGAUGACUUUCAAUGAGCUUAUAUAUGAAGGAAACAAAAUGACAUUUGAAUUUUUUUUAUGUUGGAGAUACACACACAUAUACACAUUCUAUGUAUAUAAUAUAUUUUUUUCAAUUCAUAAAUAAGGAGAAGGUACACGA